CCGUGCUCUGGGGUUCCGGGUCUCUAGUCCCCGGAGAGGUGGGUUCGCCGCAGGUGGGCGCUAGGAUUUACGCUUCCUCCGACCGUGGUGUAGAGGGCGGCAUCUGAAGCUGACACCCGGCGUUGCCGUGGAGCUACGCGCCCCCUUGUCGCGGCCUCGUCAGACCCGGCUGGCUGGGCCGCAGAGCCGUAGCUCCUGGGCCUGUGGCGCGCAGCGAGCUCCGAGCUCGCUCUCAACCCCUGGCUGCGCUGUGGAAUUAACUUGGCUCUACGCUGGGGCUCCCCAAGAUACUGGAGGUUGGUGCCUGCAGGAUGCUGGAGAGUUUGUGCGAGCUACCUGUAAGACAGCUUGAACUUUUGCUGGGGCUUCAUCUGCCAGUCCUUUAUAUCAUCUUGCCCAAGAUGUGUGCUUAAUAACCAAAAUAAAAGAAAUACUCCCUCCAGUACCCUUUAGGGAUGUUAUGACCUUUCUCCUUUGGGAGACAGUUUUUAAAAACUGACAGAAGACCAACUCUUCUCACUGUCAGGGACUUCAGAGUCGGGGGUAAAGGCUUGCAAAUGAGAAAGCCGUGUCUUUGCAGCAUUCCUCCCUAACACUUCGUUCUGACCAUUCUCAUAGCAUUCAGAGUUCUCCAGGGCAAUGAUCCGGAACACUUGAUCAGUUUACCGGGAGAGUGACGUUGUUUCCUGAGCCCCAAAAUGGCAGCUAAAAUGGAGAUAACUUUGAGUACCCAUGCUGAGGAUUCCAACAAGCAAGAGAGACACAUAAUAACGAAGCUGGAAGAGAAACGGGGGCCCCCUCAACUAAAAGACUGCCCUGAUCCUGAGCUCUCCCGCCAGAAUUUCAGAGGCUUUUGUUACCAAGAAGUGUGCGGACCCCAAGAAGCUCUCUCUCGCCUUCGACAACUCUGCCGGCAGUGGCUGCAGCCUGAGCUACAUACCAAGGAACAGAUUUUGGAGCUCCUGGUGAUGGAACAGUUCCUGAUCAUCCUGCCUCCAGAGAUCCAGGCUCGGGUCAGGCAUCAAAAUCCAAUGAGCAGCAAGGAGAUUGUGACCCUGGUGGAAGACUUACACAGAGCAUCCAAAAAACCAAAGCAGUGGGUGGCUGUUUGUAUGCAAGGGCAGAAGGUGCUCUUGGAGAAAACAGGAGCUCAGCUUGAAGAACAGGAACUGCCAGACUUUCAACCUCAAACUCCUAGGAGAGAGCUCCAGGAGAACUCUCAGGAGGAGCCUUCCCAGGAAGAAUCUCAUGACCGGCUGAACACCCAUCAUUGGGAGAAAUCCUCACUCCUCCAGGAACCAGCCCUCAAAUUGACUGGGACAGAGGCCUCCAGAAUGAGAAGUGAUAACAAGGAAAAUCCACAACAGGAAGGGGCCAAAGGAGCAAAGCCAUGUGCAGUGUCACCUGGAAGAUCCAAAGGAAAUGGUCUGCAGAGCCCUGAGCCGAGAGGGAGAAACAUGAGUGAAUCCCGGUUGUCACGGAGGCAGGUCAGUCCCCCAAAUGCUCAGAAGCCAUUUGCUAACUACCAGAGACAUUGCAGAGAACUGGAAUAUAUCAGCAGUCCCCUCAAAAGCCAACCACUGAGAGAGUUGAAAAAAAGCAAAGGAGGCAAAAGAAGUCUGAGCAGCCGUUUGCAACGUCUUAGUCACCAGGCAGCCCAUUCAGUGAAGAAACCUUAUAAAUGUGAUGACUGUGGGAAAAGCUUCACAUGGAAUUCAGAGCUGAAACGACAUAAGAGAGUACAUACAGGAGAGAGACCCUACACCUGCGGAGAAUGUGGAAACUGCUUUGGGAGGCAGUCAACCCUGAAACUGCACCAGAGAAUCCACACUGGGGAGAAACCGUACCAGUGCAGCCAGUGUGGGAAAAGCUUUCGCCAGAGCUCAAAUCUCCACCAGCACCACAGGCUCCACCAUGGGGACUGAAGGAGUGCUGUGUGCUUUAGAGUCCCAGGGAAGGGCUUCUUGUCUCUCCUUUCCUUUAUUUGCAUGUAAAUAACAAAGUAUCUUCAUGACUUGCAAAACCAAGCAAAUGGCCCUUGGGGAGUGAUGGAUGAAUACUCAACUGACAAGGAGCCGGAAAAGAGGCUGAUGGGACCUGUCUGCACAUGGUGACAGGGUAAAGAGAUGGCAGAUCUGGGUGUUGGGGCAAAGAACUGCAGUCUCUGCAGAGUGGGGAGUAACUAAUGAGGAUGAAUUAGAAUGAGCUGCAGGUGGCCCCUUGUUAAAAUCUUGUUGCUUUAGCCUCUAAAAUAUGAUGUUAAAGAGUAAAUUCCAUAGUUACUGCAUUUGCUAUCAUUUUAGGCAGUGUUUUCUUGUGUAUACUUGAGAAGUUCAUCAGCAUUCCACGGCAACAUCCACAGGGGAAUCCUCUAGUAUUUCUGUAACUCCUAACUUCUUAACAAAGGACAAAUUGAGAGUAUAUACAUAUUUGUGUGAUGAGAGAGUUUCUAAUAAGUAGAUGGUACUUUUAUUUUAAAAAAAAGUUGCAUUUAAGGAACCUUUU